GAAAACCCUAGGUUGUUUAAUUUUGUGAUGCAACCAAGCAAGGUCCGAUGGGGGGAGCUGGAGGAGGACGACGGAGAAGAUCUGGAUUUCCUUUUGCCGCCGAAGCAGGUGAUCGGACCCAACGAGAACGGGAUUAAGAAGGUUGUUGAGUUCAAGUUCAACGAUGACGGCAACAAGGUUAAGAUUACCACCACUUCUCGCGUCCGCAAAUUGGCCAACGCUCUCCUCAGCAAACGCGCCGUCGAGCGACGCUCCUGGCCCAAGUUCGGCGACGCUGUUCACGAGGACGUCGGCAGCCGUCUCACUAUGGUCUCCACCGAAGAGAUUCUUCUCGAACGCCCACGCGCCCCAGGAACUAAACAAGAAGACAACAAGGGUUCGUUAGAUCCUUUAGCUCAAGGAGGAGCUGUACUAAUGGUAUGUAGGUCAUGCGGUAAGAAGGGUGACCACUGGACCUCAAGAUGCCCUUACAAGGAUCUUUCACAGCCAACCGAUACGUUCGUUGAUAAGCCAACAACAGACAGUAAUGCUGCGACAGGUGUCACAAAGGGAGCUUAUGUGCCACCUAGCAUGAGAGGAGGUACAACUGAGAGAAGUAGUGGUAGUGACAUGCGACGUAGGAAUGAAGAGAACUCUGUGAGGGUCACUAACCUGUCUGAAGAUACAAGGGAGCCCGACUUGCUCGAGCUUUUCCGUCCUUUUGGAAAUGUCAGUCGAGUUUAUGUUGCCAUUGACCAGAAAACUGGGACUAGCAGAGGUUUCGGUUUUGUCAAUUUUGUCAGCAGAGAAGAUGGUGAGAGAGCAAUCAAUAAGCUUAAUGGAUAUGGUUACGAUAAUCUUAUCCUUAGAGUUGAAUGGGCUGCACCUAGGGCGAAUUAGUUUUAUAAUAAGGCUCUUGUCGUGGUGGUUGUUUAAUUAUAUAUUGGAUAUGUAUUAGAAUCGACUGUUUGUUAAGUGUUGUCUAUGAAUUGAUUAUGAAAGCUAAUGCUUUUAACUUGGUAAUUUAUACAGCUCUCUUGUGUUUUAACAGAUUUUGUGUUUUACAUGCCUUGUGUAUAUUGGUUAUUGAACUUGUUUUGGUUGUGU